AUGCUUAGUACAUUUUAUUUUGUAAAAGGUGUUCGGAAAGUCAAGCCUUAUUAUUUUAUGUAUCAAGCUUAUGCCAAAGGACGAUGGUUGGGUCGAACGAUCAUGCAAGUAUUUUGUGAAGAAUUUCGAGAUCGCAAUGAACAAUAUUACAAAUAUGCUAUUGCAAGAGGAUUGAUUACAUUGAAUGGGAUACAAGUUGAUGCGGAUACUGUGAUUCAAAAUAGUGAUGUAGUAGGACACAAGAUUCAUCGUCAUGAACCACCUGUAACAGAUAGUCCAAUUAAAAUUAUUCAUGAAACUGAAGAUCUACUUGUCAUUGACAAACCUGGUGGCAUCCCUGUUCAUCCUGCUGGUCGAUAUCGUCAUAAUUCCGUAGUACAUGUCUUGAAAAAGGAACGUAAUAUACCAAAACUCUUUCCAUCCAAUCGACUCGAUCGUUUGACUUCUGGACUGAUGCUGAUUUGUAAAUCAUCUAUCAAGGCAUCCCGUAUGGAAAAAGAAAUGACCAGGGGAAAUAUUAAGAAGGAAUACAUUUGUCGUGUCGAUGGUGAAUUUCCAAUGGAAGAAAUCAAAUGUGAAGCACCCAUCAGAACCAUAUCUCAUAAAAUGUCAGUCAACUAUGUUCAUCCAGAAGGAAAACCAUGUACAACCAUCUUCGAUCGGAUCAGUUUCAAUGGCAAAACAAGUGUAGUACGAUGUAGACCCAUCACUGGCCGAACUCAUCAAAUUCGCGUUCAUUUGAAAUAUCUGGGAUAUCCUAUUGGCAAUGAUCCUUUGUAUGGUAAUACUACUUCAUGGGCAAGCAAUUUACAUCUAGGUCAAUCCAUGUCAGACGAAGAAGCGAAAAAGUUGGUGGAUAAACUUAUGGAGGCAUCUCCUUUCCAGACCGGAGAAUGGGAUUCUACUACAUCUUCCUCAGCAACAACAACUGAUGAAAAAGAUUCUGCGACUACGAUGACAACCGAUAAGGAUUGUGUUGAAUUCACAGACAAGACCAAAUUAUUAGAAGUGGAAUCUGGUGAACGAUGUUCUGAUUGCAGUGUGGCAUUGUAUGUCGAUCCACCUCGGGAUUCACUCUUUAUAUGGCUACAUGCUUGGAAAUACAAGGGACCAGGGUGGGAAUAUGAAACUGAACUUCCAGAAUGGGCAAACGAUACCUUUACAACAACAUCAUCAUCAACAACAACAACAACAACAACAACAAAAGCAGCGUCAUCAUUAUCAUCAUCCUGUCCUUCUUCGCCCAUUUUGACUAACUCGGCGACUACCGAUUAG